UAAGCUACCAAUUAGAUACCAAUUAGAUGAUGUGGCAGCUUUUUUUCCUUUUAAAGCUUUUAAAAUCACUUAUUAGCAACAAAAUCUGUCAAGAUAUUUCAAAUUCAAAAAUAAAAUUUAGUCCCCCUCGCAUUCUCCCCCCUGCAUCCUCUCUUUAGUAGCUCCGUCCAUUAACACCAUUCGGCACCACCAUCUCAGUGAAGGUGGUGAUAUUGAGUUGGAAGAAAGAUAGAGGAUGAUGGUGAAGAAGCUGGUGCUUCAGAAGCUUCAUGCUUCUUUUGGUAGGUCAGAUGAAGAUAACUUUGCAGCAAGGCUGAAUGGAGUAUCUGAUUUGGAGAUGUUCUACAUCACCUCAAUGUAUUUUACAUUUCGAUGUGAUUCCUCACGUGGACUUGGGGAGUCAUAUACUUCUGGUAAAUCAAUUUGGGCUUCAGAUUUGCCUAGUUGUUUACGUCAUUAUCAGCAGAGGUCAUUUCUAGCAAGGUCAGCUGGGUUCCAAACUGUGGUGUUUGUACCCGUGAAAUCUGGAGUUGUAGAGUUUGGUUCGACAAAAUCGAUUCCAGAAGAACAGAAUACUGUGGACAUGGUUAAAAAGAUUUUUGGGGAAUCUAAUUCUGCACAGUCAAAGGUGCUUCCAAAGAUUUUUGGACACGAACUUAGUCUUGGUGGUACAAAAUCCUGCUCAGUCAAUAUUAAUUUUUCCCCAAAGGUGGAAGAUGAUUCAGGUUUUACUCCUGACUCUUUUGAUGUGCAAACAAGAGGUGCCAAUACUAUUUAUGGAAAUUCUUCUAAUGGAUGUCGAAGUGAUGAUAACGAAGCAAACAUAUAGAACUACAUAUGCAGCACAUGGAUUGAGCUGGAGCUGAACAAGUGCAGCAAAGAGAGCUUUCGGACAGCUUACCAAAGUGCAGCAAAGCAGGACCCACUCACACGAUGCAACCACUCACACAUGCUGCAGCAAAGAAAAGUGCAAAACCAGAAAAACAUUCGGACAACACCUUGCAUGGGACCCAGACACAUGGACAACAACUCCACUCACACGAAGAUGCACUCAACAAACCACACACAUGCAGAUGCAGCAGCUUUCGGACAGCUUCAAAAGUGCAGCAACCUGGACAGAAAACAUAUGCACACUCGGACAGACCAUGCACAUGCAGAACACAGCAGCUUUGACAGC